UCUGCCAUGGUGCCUGCUCUUCCGGUCGCCCUCGAGGGCGGGGCGGGGUCACGCCCUAAAAUACCGCGCCCGCUGGGCCGAACGCUUGAAAACCCGGUUUCCCGACGGCGGCGGCGCGGGCGCCGUGCGAACGAGGGCCCGGGUCCAGCACAGCCCCAAGGCUCGGCCUGAGGCGGGCGGCCUUGGCCGGGGCCCCCCGUGGUAAUGAGCUACGCGGUGCCCGCCGCCUGCCCAGCGCGGGCCGUUUCUCCUGACGCCGCCGGCGUCUGGUCGAGGCCCAGGAUUCCCUCCUGCCAGUGUGGCUGCGGCCCCCCACGGAGCGGGACCCGCGUUCGUGGCGCUUGGGACGGUUGAUUGAAAGGGUGUAGAAGUCUGUUGCGAAUUUUAUCUGUUGUACUCGUUUUGCAGAUUCGCCCCUUUCCUCCCGCCUGUGCGCGCAGUCACACACACCAUGUGGGAGUCUCUGAUCGCGUUGGGUUCAUAAUCAUCGAUCGUGCCUGGGUACUGAUGCCCCAUUGUUAGGAGCUCUGUGUAGGGCUGUAUGUUUGCACAGGACUCACGUGAGGAAGGGUGGCCACGUUUCUUUCUGCUCUGUGAGACUUAGGCCAAGCCCUGGAACUAGGGAGGAGGUUCAGGAAGAGACCCAUGAAGCUGGCGGGGCCUUGGAGAAGGGCAAGUGAUUUUCAAGCCUGCUAUGGGAUGGAUGAAGAAGAGAACCACUAUGUCUCGCAGCUCAGGGAAGUCUACAGCAGCUGCGACACCACGGGGACUGGCUUUCUGGACCGCCAGGAGCUGACCCAGCUCUGCCUUAAGCUUCACCUGGAGCAGCAGCUGCCCGUCCUCCUGCAGACGCUUCUCGGAAACGACCAUUUCGCCAGGGUUAACUUUGAGGAAUUUAAGGAAGGUUUUGUGGCUGUGUUGUCUUCAAAUGCUGGUGUUCGCCCCUCAGAUGAAGACAGUAGUUCUUUGGAAUCAGCUGCCUCCAGUGCCAUCCCUCCAAAGUAUGUGAAUGGUUCUAAGUGGUAUGGCCGUCGGAGCCGGCCUGAGCUAUGUGACGCUGCCACAGAAGCCAGACACGUGCCCGAGCAGCAAACCCAGGCCAGCCUGAAAAGUCACCUCUGGCGCUCAGCAUCUCUGGAGAGCGUGGAGAGUCUCAAGUCAGAUGAAGAGGCCGAGAGCACUAAAGAAGCUCAGAAUGAGUUAUUUGAAGCACAAGGACAGCUGCAGACCUGGGAUUCUGAGGACUUUGGGAGCCCCCAGAAGUCCUGCAGCCCUUCCUUUGACACCCCAGAGAGCCAGAUCCGGGGCAUGUGGGAAGAGCUGGGGGUGGGCAGCAGCGGACACCUGAGCGAGCAGGAGCUGGCUGUGGUCUGCCAGAGCGUCGGGCUCCAGGGACUCGAGAAAGAGGAACUCGAAGACCUGUUUAACAAACUGGAUCAAGACGGAGACGGCAAAGUGAGUCUUGAGGAAUUCCAGCUUGGCCUCUUCAGUCAUGAGCCCGCGCUACUUCUGGAGUCUUCCACUCGGGUUAAACCGGGCAAGGCUUGGUCUCAUUACCAGGUCCCAGAGGAGAGCGGCUGCCACACCACCACAACCUCAUCCCUCGUGUCCCUGUGCUCCAGCCUGCGCCUCUUCUCCAGCAUUGACGAUGGUUCUGGCUUCGCUUUUCCUGAUCAGGUCCUGGCCAUGUGGACCCAGGAGGGGAUUCAGAAUGGCAGGGAGAUCUUGCAGAGCCUGGACUUCAGCGUGGACGAGAAGGUGAACCUUCUGGAGCUGACCUGGGCCCUUGACAACGAGCUCAUGACAGUGGACAGUGCCGUCCAGCAGGCAGCCCUGGCCUGCUACCACCAGGAGCUGAGCUACCAGCAAGGGCAGGUGGAGCAGCUGGCAAGGGAGCGUGACAAGGCGAGGCAGGACCUGGAGAGGGCCGAGAAGAGGAACCUGGAGUUUGUGAAAGAGAUGGAUGACUGCCACUCCACCCUGGAGCAGCUCACGGAGAAGAAAAUCAAGCAUCUGGAGCAGGGGUACCGGGAAAGGCUGAGCCUCCUGCGGUCUGAGGUGGAGGCGGAGCGAGAGCUGUUCUGGGAGCAGGCCCACAGGCAGAGGGCCGCGCUGGAGUGGGACGUGGGGCGCCUGCAGGCUGAGGAGGCUGGCCUCCGCGAGAAGCUGACCCUGGCCCUGAAGGAAAACAGUCGCCUACAGAAGGAGAUUGUGGAAGUGGUGGAAAAGCUUUCGGAUUCGGAGAGGCUGGCCCUGAAGCUGCAGAAGGACCUGGAGUUUGUGCUGAAGGACAAGCUGGAGCCACAGAGUGCAGAGCUCCUGGCCCAGGAGGAGCGGUUCGCAGCAGUCCUGAAGGAAUACGAGCUCAAGUGCCGGGACCUGCAGGACCGCAACGAUGAGCUGCAAGCUGAGCUGGAAGGCCUGUGGGCGCGGCUGCCCAAGAACCGGCACAGCCCCUCAUGGAGCCCGGAUGGGCGCAGACGGCAGCUCUCUGGACUCGGCCCAGCAGGCAUUUCAUUCCUGGGUAAUUCUGCUCCAGUGAGUAUAGAAACGGAGCUGAUGAUGGAGCAGGUAAAGGAGCAUUACCAAGACCUCAGGACCCAGCUGGAGACCAAGGUAAAUUACUACGAAAGGGAAAUUGCGGCACUGAAAAGGAACUUUGAGAAGGAGAGGAAGGACAUGGAGCAGGCUCGCAGGCGCGAGGUCAGCGUGCUGGAGGGUCAGAAGGCCGACCUGGAGGAGCUCCACGAGAAGUCUCAGGAGGUCAUCUGGGGCCUGCAGGAGCAGCUGCAGGACACAGCCCGCGGCCCCGAGCCUGAGCAGAUGGGCCUGGCACCCUGCUGCACCCAGGCACUGUGUGGCCUGGCCCUGCGGCAUCAGAGCCACCUGCAGCAGAUCAGGAGAGGAAGUGCCUGGUCAUCGCAGACAGGCUGCUGCUCAGCUGGCACCCACUGUCCUGUGGAGAGCAUUGGCCCCGGCUUAGAAGAGGACAGGCCCUCCCACCACACUGGCCGGGCCACCCCCAGCCUGACAGAAAGUCAUCUUUCCGGCCGGAUGCGGUGGCUCACACCUGUAAUCAGCACUUUGGGAGGCCAAGGCGGGAGAGAGGCUGAGGCGGAGCUGAGUGGAGAGCCGUCAGGGCUGGGAGCCCUGCCCGCUCGCAGAGACCUGACCUUGGAGCUGGAGGAGCCGCCGGAGGGACCUCUGCCACGCGGGAGCCAGAGGUCGGAGCAGCUGGAGCUGGAGAGGGCACUGAAGCUGCAGCCCUGUGUGAGCGAGAAGCGCGCCCAGAUGUGCGUAUUGUUGGCCCUCGAGGAGGAGGAGUUGGAGCUUGCCCGCGGGAAGCGAGUGGACGGGCCCUCCCGGGAAGCAGAGAUGCUGCAGGCCCUGCCGAAAGAUGGGCUGGUGGCAGGAAGUGGCCGGGAGGGCGCACGUGGCCUCCUACCACUGCGUCCGGGCUGUGGGGAGCGGCCACUGGCCUGGCUGGCCCCAGGUGAUGGCAGAGAGUCUGAGGAGGCGGCAGGAGCCGGGCCUCGCGGAGGCAGGCAAGCCCAGGACACAGAAGCUACGCAGAGCCCGGCCCCCGCCCCUGCCCCGGCAUCCCACGGCCCCUCAGAGAGGUGGUCACGCAUGCAGCCCUGUGGAGUGGAUGGGGAUAUUGUCCCAAAGGAGCCAGAGCCUUUCGGCGCGAGCGCAGCGGGGCUGGAGCAGCCUGGAGCCCGGGAGCUGCCUCUGCUGGGAACAGAGAGAGACGCCUCGCAAACCCAGCCACGGAUGUGGGAGCCACCCCUGAGGCCGGCCGCUUCGUGCAGGGGACGGGCUGAGAGGCCACAGGCCAUUCAGGAAGAGCGAGCACGAAGCUGGAGCAGGGGCACCCAGGAGCAGGCCUCGGAGCAGCAGGCCCGGGCCGAGGGCGCCCUGGAGCCUGGGUGUCACAAGCACAGCGUGGAGGUUGCCAGGAGAGGGUCCUUGCCAUCCCACCUCCAGGUUGCAGACCCGCAGGGUUCCUGGCAGGAGCAGCUUGCUGCCCCGAAAGAGGGGGAGACCAAAAUAGCGCUGGAGAGAGAGAAGGAUGACAUGGAAACCAAACUUCUACAUCUGGAAGACGUCGUCCGGGCUCUGGAGAAACAUGUAGAUUUGAGAGAGAACGACAGACUGGAGUUCCAUAGACUUUCUGAAGAAAACACUUUGUUGAAAAACGAUCUGGGAAGGGUUCGGCAAGAGCUUGAAGCUGCAGAAAGUACUCACGAUGCACAGAGGAAGGAAAUUGAGGUUUUAAAGAAAGACAAGGAAAAGGCCUGCUCUGAGAUGGAGGUGCUCAACAGACAGAAUCAGAACUACAAGGAUCAAUUAUCCCAGCUCAAUGUCAGGGUUCUUCAACUGGGACAGGAGGCUUCUACCCACCAGGCCCAAAACGAGGAGCAUCGUGUGACCAUUCAGAUGUUAACACAGAGCCUGGAGGAGGUGGUGUGCAGCGGGCAGCAGCAGAGUGACCAAAUCCAAAAACUUAGAGUUGAACUUGAAUGCCUGAAUCAGGAACAUCAGAGCCUGCAGCUGCCAUGGUCAGAGCUGACCCAGACCCUUGAGGAAAGUCAAGACCAGGUGCCACAUCUGCUGGCCCCGCAGAUGAGAGGCGCGGGAGGUGCAGACACAGGAGGCUGGGCUAUGGUGGCAGGGGCUCGUGGUCCAGGACAGACAGGUGUGUGCAGGGGCAGCCGAGCAGGGGCCUCAGGGAGGGGAGCCGGCUCGGGAUGCUUGUGGAGGGGGUGGCUCAAGGGAGAGGAGAAGAGCAGGUGUGUAACGGCCAAAGGUGCCCAGAGGGCGAGUGCCCAAUGUGGACACAGGUGCGGGGCACACUUGGAAGCUUGGCUACAGAGAGGAAAGGGGGCUGUGGGAAAGGGUCUCUCCCCACCUGCCUGUGAGGCUCGGCUGAGCCUCUGCACCUGGUACCCCCCGGCGCUGGCCCUGGCGCCCUGUGCAGAGGCACCCCCUAGACGUCCUGAGGCACAGAGGGGUCAGCUGGGCAUGGACCCCAGAGCUUUCUGAGGCGCUGUUGGGGCUCCCAUAGGCUCUUGGCCUUGCAGCUACAGGCUGUCAGUUUUCCAGAGGUGCUCUGCCUAUUUGGGGCACCCUUCUCUACUUUUGAGUCUAAAAGGAACCCUGGAAAAUUGCCUGGGCCAGUUCGAGUCCUUUGAGGUGAGGAGUAAGGCCACCUGAAAAGGCCAGCACUUCCUCAGCACCUGGCGCUGGGAGGCAUCGCUGGGGCCAAGGGAGAGCAUUCCACACCCCUGGGGCCACGCCUGCCACCAGCCUCUCAGUUGGGAAGCACCUCACCAAGUCUGUCCUUGCAGCCAUGUGGGUCACCCCUUCUUCCUCGUGAUUUAGAGGAAGACGCUCCCCCAAAGCACGUGGCUUCCAGUCAGCAUCAGGAAGCUGGGGGCUUCCAGGGUAGCUCAGGACACUCUGGAAAAGGCAGAUGGGGCUCCCUAAGAGUGGCCACGAGAGGCUGGGCCUGAAGCUGAUGUGUUUGCCGUUUCCAUGUGGGAGGGAAGCUAGGGCAGUCACUGUCAUGCCCAUGUGUGGUUCAGGAGGAAGGCCCCAGAGGCCAGAGCAGACAAGAGGGAUGGGGCCUCGUAGAGGAGCUCAGAGGGCGGAGGGUCUCCCAGGGGAGCUCAGAGGGCAAAGGGAUGGGGACUCACAGGGCCCUCUCCACGGGAAGGACAGGAAGGGUGGCUGCACUCAGGAUGGGAGAUGAUGCCCCCGCGUCUGCCGCUCUGCCUCACUCCAGCACCCAGAACACAAAUGUCCUUGUUUCCAGUGCUCCCCUGGGGACGUCUUUCCCUGUCCCUGUGACUGUCAAGGUCUGUAGAUGUGGCCCGUCUCGCGUUGCCAAGGAAGGAGAUGAAGAGGACUGGAUGGCUCUCCAUUCAGUAGAUGUUUACAGGCUGCCCACCAUGGGCAGAGAUCCCCCUUGGGCUGGACCCUGGCCAUGCUGUGGAGCGGCUUAAUUAGUGGGGGUUCGGUCCCAGGAUGGCUGUGAGGGGUGGUGCAGUCCAAGGACCUGCAAGCAUCAGAGCCCAGGGAGUUGGGGUGCCGGGCCAGAGCCUUCCUGGGUGGGUAGAUGUGCUUGACGCGUGGGAGUCCCGCAGGCCUGGGGGGCAGCAGCCAGAGUGACCAUCUGAGACGAGCCUUCGGGAGAAGGCUGCAUUUGGUGGAGAUGCUAUUUAGAACUGGUUCUUCCCUCCUUUUCUGUCUCAAAC